AUGCCUGCUCGUGGUUCUCACUGGCCAUUCCCUCAUCCUCCAAUCCCCUCCUCUGGUGGCAAAGAAUGGCCUCCCAAAGGGUGGCCACAUUGGCCAUUUCCUCAUCCUCCAAUGCCCUCCUCCGGUGGCAAAGAAUGGCCUCCCAAAGGAUGGCCACAUUGGCCAUUUCCUCAUCCUCCAAUUCCCUCCGGUGGCAAGGAAUGGCCUCCCAAGGGGUGGCCACACUGGCCAUUCCCUCAUCCUCCAAUGCCCUCCGGUGGUAAGGAAUGGCCUCCUAAGGGGUGGCCUCACUGGCCAUUCCCUCAUCCUCCAAUUCCCUCCGGUGGCAAGGACUGGCCUCCCAAGGGGUGGCCUCAUUGGCCGUUCCCUCAUCCUCCAAUGCCCUCUGGUGGCAAGAACUGGCCUCAUUGGCCAUUCCCUCAUCCUCCGAUGCCUUCCGGUGGUUUCAAGUGGCCGCCCAAGCAGUGGCCUCCGCAUUGGCCUUGGUGGCCGCAUCACGGUUCCGAGAAUGUGAACAGCGGUGAUAAAGCUGUCAAAACAACCACCGCUUCACCUCCGGCAGCAUAA